CCCCCCUCCCCCUCCCGCUCGCCCCAUUCGCCGCUGUGUCUCUGGUCAGAGAGGAUGUCGGCCUCGCCGCUCCCCAGCUCCCUGGCCCUCUCCCUGCUGCUGGUCACCGGCUGCCUGCUCCCGGGGCCCGGCGCCGCUCAGAACGAGCCCAGGAUAGUCACCAGUGAAGAAGUCAUCAUUCGAGACAGCCCUGCCCCUCCCUUCACGUUGCAGUGUAACCUCACCUCCAGCUCCCACAGCCUCCAGUACAGCUACUGGACCAAGAAUGGGGUGGAAUUAACAGCCACCCGCAAGAACGCCAGCACCAUGGAAUACAGGGUCAACAAACCUCGAUCAGAGGAUUCAGGCGAAUACCACUGUGUGUUUCAGUUUUUCAGUGCCCCGAAGGCAAAUGCCACCAUUGAAGUAAAAGCUGUGCCUGAGAUCACUGGCCACAAAAGAAGUGAGAACAAGAAUGAAGGGCAAGAGGCCCUUAUGUACUGCAAGUCAGUUGGAUACCCUUACCCAGACUGGGUGUGGCGAAAGAAGGAAAAUGGCAUGUUCGUGGACUUACUCAAUACUUCUGGCCGAUUCUUCAUCGUCAACAAAGAAAACUACACUGAGCUGAACAUCGUUAACCUCCAAAUUACUGAAGAUCCUGGCGAGUAUGAGUGUAAUGCUACCAAUGCCAUUGGCUCAGACUCCUUCGUCACUGUCCUGAGAGUGCGGAGCCACCUGGCCCCACUCUGGCCCUUCCUGGGGAUCUUGGCCGAAAUCAUCAUCCUUGUGGUGAUCAUUGUGAUAUAUGAAAAGAGGAAGAGGCCGGAUGAGGUUCCAGACGAUGAUGAACCAGCUGGGCCAAUGAAAACCAACUCCACCAACAAUCACAAAGAUAAAAACUUGCGCCAGAGAAACACAAAUUAAGUACUGCUUACAAUAGCUUUAGUUUCCUGAGACUGGUGGCAACAUGACCUGCUAAAUUUUAUGCCUGGACCUCUUUGGUUCCAUAACUCCAGCUGUAUUUGAUUUUUUUUUCUUUUUCUCUCCUGAUUUUUCAAGUGAGCAACAAUGCCGACGACUGUCUAAAGCAUGCCUUAUUUAGCCUUGUAAGGAUGGCCUCACCAGAUACAUUUUAAACAAUGCUUCAGUGUAGAAGGUGUAAACUAUUUGGGGCUUGAUGUGCUGUGAAUGUUGCAUUUUUCCUUUGUGAAAAUAUUUAAAUAGAAGUAAGAAAGGUCCUGUGAGGAUCAAUCAGCUCAUGCAUGCGCCAUCUUUUACUUAAUGCAGCUAUUACAUUGGCAAAGCUCUAAAUUGCACUGCUGCCAUCUAGUGAUACAUUUUUGUAAAAUACAGCAAACCUAAAAAUAUAUACAGUAUAUAUAUAUAUAUUAUAUAUAUUUAUAUUUUUGGGGGUGGGGAAAACCAAAAUACAGUAAACGCUUGAUUCCUUUUUAAGCUGCUGAUACUCAUUCCUUAUUGUAUGUUGUCAGAUGAGAGAAUUAUACUGUUCUGGUACUUAGAGGAGUAAUAUAAACUGAAAUUUAUAAUCUUAAGGGCUUAACCUAAGACUUUAAUGAGAUACUGGGACAGUCUAAUGAGCAGUGAUUAUGAAUUGCAGUAAACACUACAUAUAUAUGCAUAUAUAUGUGUGUGUGUGUGUAAUUGAUUUUUAAGUGAUUUUGUUGUUGUUAAAUCAUGUAAAUUCUUAAAUUCCUUUUGCACUGAUGUGUUGAACCAUAUUCUUUGUACAUUUAAUUCAGGCAGACUUUUAUAAUUUACUUUUUUGUUUUCAAUGAUCUUAAAAGUGUUAUAGCAUGGUAAUAUUCUAUGCAACUAAUUAUACUUUUCAGUUGGACACUGUAAUUUCCCGUCUUGAUUUAAAAGGUUGAUUGUAGAAUUACAACCUGACGAGGUUCUCAUUCGGUGCAGAGCUGUCGAUGCAUGAACUUGUGUUCUGUGUAUUUGUUGAAGUGCAAUGAUGUAUAAAAAAAGUGGAUUCACAUGUUUUUAAAAAUAAAACGCUGAUAAAAGAAA